CGCGGGGGAACUAUUUUCCACACCCCCCGCGGAGGAGUCGGACGCAAGCGGCGCGCAUAGCAUGGCGGCGGUGGCGGCGCGCCUGAGGUAGAGGGACGCUGACCCGGUCAGGCCUCGGCGCGGCCUACACAUUUCGCUCGCCCGCUCCCACUUCCCGCCCCGCGCGCGGCCAUGGCGGAGCCCUCGCCCGCCCGACGCCCCGUCCCCCUCAUCGAGUCAGAGCUAUACUUCCUCAUCGCCCGGUACCUAUCGGCGGGCCCGUGUCGGAGAGCGGCCCAGGUGCUGGUGCAGGAGCUGGAGCAGUACCAGUUGUUGCCGAAGAGGUUGGAUUGGGAGGGCAAUGAGCACAACAGGAGCUACGAGGAAUUGGUCUUGUCCAAUAAGCAUGUGGCUCCUGAUCAUCUGUUGCAAAUCUGUCAGCGCAUCGGUCCUAUUUUGGAUAAAGAAAUUCCACCCAGUAUUUCAAGAGUGACUUCUUUACUUGGUGCAGGAAGGCAGUCUUUGCUACGUACAGCAAAAGACUGCAGGCACACAGUUUGGAAGGGCUCUGCCUUUGCUGCUCUUCAUAGAGGAAGACCUCCUGAAAUGCCCGUGAAUUAUGGUUCCCCACCUAAUCUUGUGGAGGUUCAUCGAGGAAGACAACUCACAGGGUGUUCUACUUUUAGCACAACAUUUCCAGGAACUAUGUAUCAGCAUUUAAAAAUGCACAGGAGGAUUCUCGGACAUCUAUCUGCUGUUUACUGUGUAGCAUUUGAUAGAACAGGACAUAGAAUCUUUACAGGGUCAGAUGAUUGUUUGGUAAAGAUUUGGUCAACACAUAAUGGCCGCCUGUUAUCCACAUUAAGAGGUCAUUCUGCAGAAAUUUCAGAUAUGGCAGUAAACUAUGAGAAUACAAUGAUUGCUGCUGGGAGCUGUGAUAAAAUAAUUAGAAUAUGGUGCUUAAGAACUUGUGCCCCAGUUGCUGUGCUCCAAGGACACACAGGAUCAAUUACAUCUUUACAGUUUAGCCCAAUGGCCAAAGGCUCUCAAAGAUACAUGGUCUCUACUGGUGCUGAUGGGACGGUUUGCUUUUGGCAGUGGGAUUUAGAAUCUUUGAAAUUCAAUCCACGUCCCCUGAAGUUCACUGAAAAGCCUAGGCCAGGAGUUCAAAUGCUUUGUUCUUCUUUUAGUGUUGGUGGUAUGUUUUUAGCCACAGGUAGUACUGAUCAUGUAAUCAGGAUGUAUUUUUUGGGUUUUGAAGCACCUGAAAAAAUUGCAGAACUUGAAAGCCAUACUGAUAAAGUUGAUAGCAUCCAGUUUUGUAACAAUGGUGACAGGUUCUUAAGUGGUAGCAGAGAUGGAACAGCACGGAUUUGGAGAUUUGAGCAGUUAGAAUGGAGAAGCAUUUUACUGGAUAUGGCUACCAGAAUGUCAGGGGACUUAUCUUUAGAAGAAGAAAAAUUUAUGAAACCCAAAGUAACAAUGAUCGCUUGGAAUCAGAAUGACAGCAUUGUUGUUACAGCUGUGAAUGAUCAUGUCCUCAAAGCAUGGAAUUCUUAUACUGGACAACUGCUUCAUAAUUUAUUGGGACAUGCUGAUGAAGUGUUUGUUUUGGAGACACAUCCUUUUGAUUCCAGAAUUAUGUUGUCUGCGGGACAUGAUGGCAGCAUAUUUAUAUGGGAUAUUACAAAAGGCACCAAGAUGAAACAUUAUUUUAAUGUGAUUGAAGGACAGGGCUUUGGAGCUGUGUUUGACUGUAAGUUUUCACUGGAUGGACAGCAUUUUGCUUGUACAGAUUCACAUGGGCAUCUUAUGAUAUUUGGUUUUGGAUGCAGCAAGCCAUAUGAAAAGAUUCCUGAUCAGAUGUUCUUCCAUACUGACUAUCGACCACUGAUUAGGGAUUCUAAUAAUUAUGUCUUAGAUGAGCAAACUCAGCAGGCUCCUCAUCUUAUGCCUCCACCAUUCUUGGUAGAUGUAGAUGGAAAUCCUCAUCCAACUAAGUAUCAGAGAUUAGUACCAGGCCGAGAAAAUUCUGCAGAUGAACAUUUGGUUCCACAGCUAGGCUAUGUGGCAACAAGUGAUGGAGAGGUGAUUGAACAAGUCAUAAGCCUGCAAACCAAUGAUAAUGGUGAACGAAGCCCAGACUCCAGUAUUCUUGAUGGAAUGAUAAGACAGUUGCAGCAGCAACAAGAUCAGAGAAUGGGAGCAGAUCAGGAUCCUAUUCCAAGUGGAUUUCCAAAUGGGGAAGAGACACCCAGAAGAGGUUUUAGAAGACUAAGCUCAGAUAUCCAGUCACCUCCAAAUAUUGGUUUGCGUCGUAGUGGACAAGUUGAAGGGGUUCGUCAAAUGCAUCAAAAUGCUCCACGUAGCCAAAUUGCUACAGAACGUGACCUACAAGCUUGGAAACGUAGAGUGGUUGUACCAGAGGUACCACUAGGCAUAUUUAGGAAAUUGGAAGACUUCAGAAUAGAGAAAGGUGAAGAGGAAAGAAAUCUUUAUAUAAUGGGAAGAAAAAGGAAGUCUGUCCAACUCUCACAGAAGUCUGAUUCAGUAGCUUUGACAUCACAGUCUAGGCAGAGAACAUGUAGGCGUAAAUUUCCAAAUUAUGGGAGAAGAAAUCUUGGACGGCUUGAGUCCUCCUCUGGAGAUGAAUCUUCAAGCUCUGUAAGAUGUGAGACUUCAUGUGAUCAAAGUGAAGGUUCUUCUGAAGAAGAAGAAUGGAAAAGUGAUAGAAAAAGUGAAAGUGACAGUGAAAGUUCAAGUGACUCUUCAUCUAGAUAUUCUGAUUGGACAGCUGAUGCAGGCAUCAAUCUGCAGCCUCCUUUACGAGCAUCAUCUCGUCGACGAAUAACCCGAUUUUGCACUAGUAGUUCAGAGGAUGAAAUGUCCACUGAGAAUUUAUCUCCUCCAAAAAGAAGACGAAAGAGAAAGAAAGAAAGAAAGCCUAAAAAAGAGAAUCUGAGGAGGAUGACACCAGCAGAGCUUGCAAACAUGGAACAUUUAUAUGAGUUUCAUCCUCCAGUUUGGAUAACUGACACCACACUUCGAAGGUCUCCUUUUGUUCCUCAGAUGGGUGAUGAGGUAAUAUAUUUUCGACAGGGUCAUGAAGCUUAUAUUGAGGCAGUCAGAAGAAAUAACAUUUAUGAGCUGAAUCCUAAUAAGGAGCCAUGGAGAAAAAUGGAUCUCAGGGAUCAAGAACUAGUCAAAAUAGUUGGAAUACGGUAUGAGGUUGGGCCCCCUACACUGUGUUGUCUCAAAUUAGCCUUUAUUGAUCCAGCGACUGGCAAACUCAUGGACAAAUCUUUCUCUAUUAGAUAUCAUGAUAUGCCAGAUGUUAUUGAUUUUCUGGUAUUGCGUCAAUUUUAUGAUGAAGCAAGACAGAGGAAUUGGAAGUCAUGUGACAGAUUCCGCUCUAUAAUUGAUGACGCUUGGUGGUUUGGAACAGUGUUAAGUCAAGAACCAUAUCAGCCACAAUAUCCUGAUAGUCAUUUCCAGUGUUACAUUGUUAGAUGGGACAAUACUGAAAUUGAAAAACUUAGCCCAUGGGACAUGGAACCAAUUCCUGAUAAUGUUGAUCCCCCUGAAGAAUUAGGAGCUAGUAUUUCUGUCACUUCAGAUGAGCUAGAGAAAUUGCUGUACAAGCCACAAGAUGGUGAAUGGGGUCGAAGAUCGAGAGAUGAAGAGUGUGAAAGAAUUAUCAGUGGCAUAGAUCAACUCUUGAAUCUUGAUAUAGCAGCAGCAUUUGCUGGCCCGGUUGAUCUAUGUACCUACCCAAAGUACUGUACAGUAGUAGCUUAUCCAACUGAUCUUUACACAAUUCGAAUGAGGCUUGUCAAUCGAUUUUACAGGAGGCUAUCUGCAUUAAUUUGGGAAGUAAGAUAUAUUGAACAUAAUGCCAGAACAUUUAAUGAACCUGAGAGUGUAAUUGCAAGAUCAGCUAAGAAGAUAACUGACCAACUUUUAAAAUUAAUCAAGAAUCAAGACUGUACAAAUAUCUCAGAACUUAUUAACACAUCGGAAAGUGAUGAGCAAAAUGCUGAGGAUUUGGAUGAUAGUGAUCUUCCUAAAACAUCUUCUGGAAGAAGGAGAGUCCAUGAUUGGAAAAAAAGGAGCAACAAAGCAACCAACUAUGUUGAAAGCAACUGGAAGAAACAGUGUAAGGAGCUAGUGAACUUAAUUUUUCAGUGUGAAGAUUCUGAACCAUUUAGACAACCUGUUGAUUUGGUUGAAUAUCCAGACUAUCGAGAUAUUAUAGAUACUCCAAUGGAUUUUGGAACAGUAAGGGAAACAUUAGAAGCAGGAAAUUAUGACAGCCCUUUGGAAUUUUGCAAAGACAUCCGGUUGAUAUUUAGCAAUGCAAAAGCAUACACACCAAACAAAAGAUCAAAGAUUUACAGUAUGACCUUGAGAUUGUCUGCCUUAUUUGAAGAAAAAAUGAAGAAAAUCUCCUCAGAUUUUAAAAUUGGUCAAAAAUUUAAUGAAAAACUUCGAAGAAGCCAGAGGUUCAAGAGACGACAAAAUUGUAGUCGUGUCAAUCAGGCUAACAAAAGUAUGAGAAAUGGCAAGCAGAACCGAGUGAAAUCUCAGAGAAAAGUAAUUCCUGAGUUGGUAGGUUCUCCUCCUACCCAGUCUACCUCAAGUAGGGCAGCUUAUUCUGCAAGCCAUAGGACAAGUGCUAGUAUCUCUUCAGGUAUUACUUCUGGUGAUUCUUCAGAUUCAGCAGGAUCAUUGGAAAGAAUGAGAAGAAACAAACCUGUAACACAAACCACUGGUUCUACAUUAUCUGAAAGUGAAAUGGAAGAUUCUUCAGCUACCUCUUCAUCAUCUUCAGCUUCUGAUAGUUCAGAGGAAAGUAAAGACAGUCCAAGACCUCGUGAAUUCUUAUUAUGUAGUGGUGGUGGACUGUCCAGGGGCAGCAGCCUCAGGGUGACCAGAACUAGAGCUGCUCAAAGGAAAACUGGUCCUGUCUCUCUAGAAAAUGGAUGUGGCAGAAAAGCCACUCGAAAGAGAAUUUAUUUAAGUGACUCUGAUAAUAACUCAUUCCAGACUGGUGAAAUUCUAAAAGCCAGAGCUGGAAAUAACCGUAAAGUCCUACGAAAGUGUGCUGCUGUGGCUGCCAAUAAGAUAAAACUAAUGAGUGAUGUAGAAGAGAAUUCUAGCUCUGAAAGUGUCUGCUCUGGCCGCAAGCUGCCUCACCGAAAUGCUUCUGCUGCAGCUAAAAAAAAGUUAUUACAUAAUUCUGAAGAUGACCAGAGCUUAAAGUCAGAUAUUGAAGAAGAGCUAAAAGGUCAACAUCAGCCCUCACCAACGUCUACUCAUGUUGCUCGGAAAACUGUCCAUGAAUCUGAAAAUGGAGAUUCAGAGUCAGAAAGUGAUUUGAGAGUUGCCCGGAAAAAUUGGCAUGCUAAUGGUUAUAAGUCCCAUAUGCCAACAAUUUCUAAAACAAAAUCUCUUAAAAUAGAGUCUUCUGAAUCUUCUGAUGAAGACUCUAAGAGCCAUAAUUCAGAUAAUGGACAUAAAAGAACUGCCUGCCUUUCAGCUUCUAGGCAGAAACUGAAGACAACUGACCUCUUCAAGGAAGAGGAGGAAGCAUGUUCUGAACCAGGGAAAUGUGAGGGUAGGAAAUACAAUGCGGGUCGCAAGAAUGCUUUUUUUAAAAAAGCAAAGAUAUUGAGUGAUUCUGAAUCUGAAGAAGACGAUAGAGAAGAUGGAAGAUAUCACAAGGUGAAAAAUAAUCUAAUUUCAGGGAAUUUGAAGUGUGAGCCUGUUGCUGAGUCCCAGUGUUCCUCAGAUCAUGUAUCUGAAACAGAUUUGGAUUCAGAUAAUGAUAAGACAAAAAAGUCAAACAAUUUUGUGAAAGAUUCUACAUCACAAGACAAUGGACACAGCCAGAAAGUUUCCAGGAAAAGGGUCUAUUCCAGUGACUCAGACAGCAAUUCAAAAGUGGUUAAGAAAUCAUUAAAAGUCAAAACGGGUCUCCUAAGGAUUCCUCGAAGAUGUGCAACUUCAGCUGCCAAUAAGAUCAAGCUAAUGAGUGAUAUAGAAGAUGUCAGUUUGGAAAAUAUGUGCACUAGAAACAGAAAUGGAAGGAAAAAGCCCCUCCAUUCGGCCUGUACUAUAGCUAAGAAGAAGUUGAGUGAUUCUGAUGGAGAUAUAAAUAAUGAUGUGCCAAAUGAACAGUAUGCCCGUAAGGCUAAGCCACGAGAAGCUGACUCAGAAGGUAGUACAAAAAGUAUUAGUCAGUCUUUUAACGGAGACUCAGACUCUGAAAAUAAUUUAAAUUCAGAACAUAACAACAGGCGUAUCAGAAGUCACAAAAGAAAUACUAUACAUUCUAAAACAAAAAAUUCCUUGAUUAAGCCUUCGGAAGAAUAUUUAAAAAGCCAUAUUCAAGGGAGUAAGAUUGGUAGAAAAUUUUCUUCUGAGUCAACUUUGGCACAGAAAUCUCCUUUAGAGAAUAACUUUGAAGAAGAACUGAACUAUGGCCUACGCAGGUGGAAUGGCAGAAGACUCAGGACCUAUGGGAAAGCUCCUUUCAGUAAGACAAAAAUGAUUCAUGAUUCACAGCAAGCAGGAGAGAUGGAAAUUAAAAGGAAGAGACGGCAUCCUGAAUUGGAAAAUGUGGAAAUUUCUGAAACAAUAGGGAAUUUGAAGUUUGAACCUGACAUAAAUCCCAAACCUGAUUCAGAUACGGGAUCUGUCACUGAAUCAGAUAUUGACUAUAGUGAUAAUACAAAAACCAAAAAGAGGAAAACAAAAGGAAAAGCAAAAGUAGUUAGAAAAGAAUCUGUUCCUAGAGACAGAGAACCCAAUACAAAAAUGAGAACAUGUAUGCAUAAUCAGGAGGAUGCAGUGCAAGUGCCUAGUGAAACUCUGAAAGCAAAUAUGGUACCUGAGAAAGUUCCCCGCAGAUGUGCUACUGUUGCUGCAAAUAAAAUAAAGAUAAUGAGUAAUGUUAAAGAAACGAUUUCAGGACCAGAAAAUGUCUGGAUUAGGAAGAGUAGCAGAAAACUGCCCCAUCGAAAUGCUUCUGCUGCGGCUAAGAGAAAAUUACUGAAUGUUUAUAAAGAGGAUGAUACAAGCAUAAAUUCUGAAAGUGAAAAGCUAGAAGACAUUAAUAGCAAUAUGCUUUUUUUUAGGUGGUUCAGAUCCUGGAAAGGAAAAGCACAAUAGUGACUGAAAAUGUGUAAGUGGAAUCUGAAAACAUUCAGGCCACAAGUAAACUGGCAGUUGCAUUACUCCUAGUUCCUAAAUAAAUCCCUUGGCAUCUUUUGAGAAAUUUUCUAAAAGCCAUAAUCCAGUGGGUCAGAGUGGGAGGAGGGCUUCCUACUAGACAGUCCUUGAAACAGAUAUACACUUCAGAGAAUUCUGAUGAGGAAACAGGAGCCUGUAGUUGGAGAGGCAGAGAGAAACCCCAAAUGGCCUGUUGUAAGAUUCCCAUUCCUUUCCAGAAAGAUAGGGCCUUGAAGAAACUUCUUGGUUUCUUAGAGAAAGAAAAUAAUGGGAUGUGUACAGGGUAUAUAGGAAAAACUUUAAGGACUGAAAAAAUUUCAAAAUGUCAACUCAUGCUAAUUUUAAAGAGUUCUACAUUAGAAUAUGAAAGAAAACUCAUACCACCAUGAUUAUGGUGUAAUUACUGAAAUGAGAAAUUAAGCAUAUUUCAGCAGCAAAUGCCACUGAGUCUGUUUGACAUUUGAAUGAAAUACCUGAGAUUCAGUCCCUAUAAUUCCCUUCUCCCAAAAUCAAAAACAACUUAAACUAUAAGUGAGGGAUUCAGCAUUGGGGAUGUUGAUAAUUGAGUUCUGUGUAUCAGAAACGGGCAAUUAGAGAAAAAUCUUUUAAUGUCUCACUCGUAAUACUGAAAUUCAUACUGAAUGAUGAUCACUUCAUAUGACUACUUCAGGGAAUAUAUAUUUUUCUAUGAAAGUUAUGAAUGUGACUAAAACAACUUCUUUUCCUUAUUUGUACUUGCACGUAGCAUUUAGAGAGAUGCCAAAAUGUACCUCAUAAGAGGCAGAUUUUAAUUUUAAUCAGAAAAAAGUAUACAUUAAGGUCAGUCAUUUUUUAGAUGAUACAGUGAAAUCCUCCCAUGUUUCUUUCUGGAAGGAUAAACUGUAGCACCUUAAAAGUUAGAACUUUACUGAGCAAAUUUAUCACAAUCUCAUCAGAACACAAAUUAAUGACAGCAUGUCUGGGCUAUUUUAUUGUGGCCUUCACUAGGAUUAGAAAAUUUGGUCAUUAUAAUACAGAAUUUCUUUGCAAUUGGGUUUAAUUUAUUGUCAAUAGGUAUUCGUUGAAAUUAAGAUCAGAUGAAAUGAAUGUACUGUCAAAUCAAUAUAGUAAUAUGUUACUGGAAAAAUGUUAGGAGCAAGUUUUCCCAUUUAAAAAUAUCUGUGAAUAUUAAUAUAUGAUUUGCAUGUGUAAAUCUGAAAAAGUAAAUAUAGAAAAUUAGUUUCUGUUCCUUUUUAAUUAAAUACUAAUGGAUCUAUUUUGGUUAUACGGAUGGACCAAGUAUCUAGAUUACUUGAGAAAUUUGUGGUUGCAUGUCUGUUUCAAAAAUGGCUUUUUUUUUUAAAUGCAUAAGCCAGAAUAUUUCUAACCUACAGUCUGUAUUCUUUGCUCUGUUUGCAGUACCGUUUCAUCUGAAAUACUGAUACCAGUAUCUUGUUAAUAGUAUGGGUGAGAAAGGGGAGAAUUCCUAAUAAACUGCUAAUAUAUUUUUAGUUG